GGAAUAGUCAGCCGUAGCUUCCCAUGAUUUUGCAUCAGAUUGUCCAUCCAAAAACGCCCCGCCAGAAAGUGUGCCUUGUGCCCGUUUGCCCAGCCCCAUCCAUCCAGUUUCAUAACCCAUGCUAAUGCCUUUCAAAAAACCAACCCAGAAAAACACCAAAACAAGAUAUCAAAAAGCCAAAUUCCACCGCAUUUCCCAUUUCCCCAUGUCAUUGCCCUGUCAGUACGAGAGAACCCUCCAAGAGCCCGCUCAUCAGUCAGUCCCCCUCUUCCUGGGCAACAUCACCCCUGCUUAGUUGUUGCCCCGCUGCGCCUCAUACACCCUCAUCGCCCUCUCCAGCUCCUCCAAGCUGCUCCUGUCCCCGUAGGCGUCCGCCAAAGCGGCGUUCUGUCGUCUUCUCUCCAGAUCAGCCUGCUCAGCCUCGGCCUGUCGUUGCUGGGCGGCGGCGGCGGAGGUGCGGUAGGUUGAGACGGCUACGUAGCCUGCUGCGAGGGCGCCUGCGAGAGAUGGGACCCUAAACACAAAGAACAUGUUGGAAGCUGUCGGACAGAGAGGAGAAAGGGGAAAUGAGGGGGAGCAUACCACUUGAUGCCCCUUGCUACAGGGGAUGGUUUGGUAGCCGCGGUGUAAAGGUGAGGAAGGUAAGGGGGGUGCACGCGGGCAGAGGUGGAAAGGAGGCGGGAUUGCUGCUGAGUAGAGGCCAUUUUUGGUAGAGUAAAGGUGUUCUCUCUCGGUAGUCGGAGGUGGUUCGACAGAGUGGUGGUUUGCCGUCCUUGGUAGUUGUAGUAGUACGUAAAAAGGGUGGGGGGUGGAAAUGUGGUGGUUUGUUACAAGGAACCGAAACAGCACAAAACCAACAAAAAGGGUAUCUUGAAGUGCGGGCGAGAACUGUUGAAGUGUGUAUAACGAAGCGAUGAUGUCAAGGUCAGGUCGAGAGGACAGAAAUCAGGGACGAAGGGGAGUGUUUAUAUUCCCACUUCGGUUGCCGCGGGAGGAGGUUGCCCCGUGGGGAAGAAGACGUAGUUGUAUGGAGUAGAUGCAAGGAUGAGAUGACAAGAGAUCGACAAGCAAAUUAGAGCGUGGGGAGGAUAAGAUACCCCUCUCUCUCUCCGGCGUAUGUAGAUUCAGGGAUAGAUGCUUGUAGAUGGCCAGCCCAGAAAAGGUGGGAACUUUCUGGAGAGUGGGACAAAGAGAAGAAAACAUACGAAUUGAUGUAUGGCAAAGGCAGAGCAGGUGCGUUGGGCACAACUGGCAGACUGGCCAGGAGAGAACAUGAUGGGCAGAGCGGGAGGAGCAAGUGGUUCGGCAUGUGGUGGUUUCUCGUGUGAUUAGCGGCCAAUGGUGGUGUGUGUGGCCUGUGAAGCGCUCCGCAUGUCGUGCCACGAACUGUGGGGUAACCGAGGACAAAACGGCUCUGGUGGGCUUGGUGUUGCGGCCAGCUCCGCUUCCCCGGACAGCUUCCCCAGAGCUCCCCCAGACCCGACCUCGCCCCGGAUUGGAUUGCCCACUGCUGCUCGGAAUGGGUCGUUUUUCCGGACAACCGCGUUACAGGCCUCGGCUUUUCCCUGUUGGUGAUCCAACACAAAACGCCGCAUCUUCAACACCAGUGCACCACCCUUCGAAUGUCAAAAUAAGCAUUGCUGGACCGCUGCGCUAGCAACACUAGAAUCUCUCAGAUCCAGGCACACGAGGCACGUGCGCGGCAAUCUCUCGGUUUGGAGGUUGUUCCGCGACGGGACGCGAACCGACAAGAUUUGCCGGCCAGAGGGUUACCAAGACACUCUCCUGGAUCCCCUGAUUAUAGUCCAUAACGUGACCUCUUCCAAGCCUCUUCGGCAGCGUCGGUCGCUAGUUUCAGCUGGCAACUUCACGACAGAGUCUCAGAAUUGCUAUUUCACUAGCCGCGUCCAACUCCCAUCUGCUAUGCUAGACUAAAAAGAUUUGUCAAGGCUGCUGGGUCCCGAAUAGCUUCCAGGAUUAGAUAAAGGCCAGCUGACAUGGAUCGACAUCUCGGUCUUUGAACAAGAGAAUCAAAAAAGUCUCACGACGCACGCUACUGUCAUCUCAAUUUCUCAAAGGUUGUCAGACAGGAGGCCAUAUGCAGGACCUGUCUCACGAAACAACAGAUCGCAAGUCUAGACAAACAUAGGCUGAUCACUACUAGACGUAGAGAAUUGUAGUGUUGCACUAGACGUGCAUUGGUCAGCCACAUUGAUCAACAUAACCAUAUCUUGAUUAUCUGACUUUGAGUUAAAAACCUCACCACCUCUACUCUUUAAAGCCGUUUGAUCGACCUCCGAGAAAAAGCUAUGGCAGGUCUGGCAGGCUGAUCUGAUCGGGUAGCAGCAUUUUGGCGUUGUGUACGUGCCGCCGGUCGUUGCAUUACUAGAAUUAAACGAAGCAGAGAACCAAACAUCACGGCUUCAAAGGUUGGGAGGACAGGGGAUAAAAGUCCAGAUAUCUUGACUCUGAUUGGCCAUGACGGGCGGCUGCAUUGCCAGUAUUCCCACUCUCGUGCAGAUGCAAGAUGUGAUGGAAGGCAAAGAAACCUGUCUUGAAUGGGAAGGCACUUUUAUGCGGAACUUCCAUGGUCUUAUCACUUUUGCAGACGCGAACGAGAGAGCGUUUUCCCGAAAUGUAAGCGGACUGAAUCUCGCCGAUUCUUUCAACCAAGCUGCUCUGAUUUUUCAACCUGGUGUUGAACCCCAGCGCUGGGACCACGGCUCCUCUACGACAGAUUGACAGCUAAAAACCCUCCGACGGAGACCACGGCCCGACAGAUCAAAGCCAUGGCGCUGCCGUGCAUCCUGUCUACCGCAAAAAGUCGGCUGGGCUCCAUAAGCGAUGGUGAUGGGCGCCCGCCCAGGUGGCACGCGGAUAUUAAUGUUUUAUAUAGCCAAACCGACGACCCGUCCCAACCACCACCACCACCGCAUUCCAGCUGUGUGUCCUGUCGGGUCUGACGGUAUUUUGUUAAUCUUUCACUCCGUCAUUUCUUGAAGCUGCCGAAAAACGAGAAAAGGCUCCGAUUCUGUGAUCUCGAUAUCGAUCCUGAGACCGACGACGACGGACCAAAAGCUUCGCGGAAAUUUCCUUCCUGAAUCCUCGACAAUCAUCCCGCGGUGACGUGCAUUAAAUCCCGGUUGACGUCAACGGUCGGCACAGCUCUCCGAUGUCAGGACUUUCAGAACCCCAAAGGGGGCCAUCCGAUGACCCCUCACAUGUAGAACCACCACUACCACCACAGACGAAAAGAUCGUCGCCAAAACCACCGCAACCGUCAACACCGGGCCCGAUACCGGAAGAUGAAGCAUUUUCGCAAAAAACAGUCGAUGGGAGACGGCAGACAGAGCAAUUCCCUAAUUCAAUCGAGGCUGAGGAGGGCCCUGAGGAAGAAGACGAGUUCUUGGCUGAGGGAUGGGACGGGUCGUCCAAGGCUUCGACGUCGGUGACAUCGAGCAUUUAUGCACAUACGUAUGAGAAUGGGAGGAGAUAUCAUUCUUAUCGAUAUGGGAGGUACCCAAUUCCAAAUGAUGAUCAGGAGCAGAAUAGGGAGGAUAUGAAGCAUGCGAUGAUGAUGGAGUUGACGGACGGGAAACUCUACCUUUCACCCAUUGGACCCAACCCACAAAAGAUCAUUGAUAUUGGGACCGGCACAGGAAUCUGGGCUAUCGAGAUGGGGGACCUGUUCCCUGGGGCUGAAAUCUUGGGACUCGAUCUCUCACCGAUCCAACCACAGUGGGUGCCGCCAAAUGUCAGGUUCAUGAUUGACGAUGUCGAAGACGAGUGGGCGAACGGGUCAGAAUGGGACUUUGUGCAUUUAAGGGGCAUGGCGCUUGUGCUGAGGGAUUUGCAGAAGGCGGUGGACCAGAUCUAUCAACACCUCAAACCAGGAGGCUGGAUCGAAUUUCAAGAAUCACAUGGGGAACCUCGUUGUGACGACGGAACCAUGGACCACGAGACGGACGUGAUGAAGAAAUUCUGGGCUUUAUGUGUGGAAGCUAUGGCCAAGUUUGGAAUGAAUUUGAACAUGCCGGUUGUGGUGGGCAACUUUCUUGAACGAGCUGGUUUCGUCAAUAUUACCUGUGUCAAGAAGAAGACACCAGUGGGAACGUGGCCUAAAGAUAAAACGAUGAGGUUGAUUGGGCUGUAUGUGAAAGAGGCCGCGUUGCAGAGCUUAUCAGCGCUGGGGAAAGCCUUUGCAAACUUGGGGAUGGAUGCAGUGGAGAGAGAGGUCUUUAGUGCGAAGGUGAGGGAGGCGGUUAUGGAUGGGAAGGUGCAUAGGUAUUAUUACUUUUAUUUUUGGUUUGCGCAGAAACCGUAUGAUAAUAAGGAGGGUGAUGGGGGUGGGGGAGAUAGUUGA